GUACAAGAGCGGUCUCUCUGGGACCCACCCCUAGGGACCCCGGCCCUGUGGACCGGGGCUGGAGCGCCAGGGUUCCCGGGUUUGGGCGGUCUUUGCUGAUGCCCCGCGUGGCCUUUUCUCCGUCCUCCAGACCAGGAGCUUCGAAAUGUCAUCGACAAGCUGGCUCAGUUCGUGGCUCGCAAUGGGCCCGAGUUUGAGAAGAUGACGAUGGAGAAGCAGAAGGACAACCCGAAAUUCUCGUUUCUGUUCGGAGGCGAGUUCUACAGUUACUACAAGUGCAAGCUGGCGCUGGAGCAGCAGCAGCUCAUCUGCAAACAGCAGGCCCCAGAACUGGAGCCCACCGCAGCUCUGCCACCCCUGCCACAGCCCCCACUGGCCCCUGCGGCGCCUAUUCCACCCGCUCAGGGCGCCCCAUCCAUGGAUGAGCUCAUCCAGCAGAGCCAGUGGAACCUGCAGCAGCAGGAGCAGCACCUGCUGGCCCUCAGACAGGAGCAGGUGACGGCAGCUGUGGCCCACGCAGUGGAGCAGCAGAUGCAGAAGCUCUUAGAAGAGACCCAACUAGACAUGAAUGAGUUUGAUAACCUUCUGCAGCCCAUCAUCGACACGUGCACCAAGGACGCCAUCUCGGCUGGGAAGAACUGGAUGUUCAGCAAUGCCAAGUCCCCACCACACUGCGAGCUGAUGGCAGGCCACCUCCGCAACCGCAUCACAGCCGAUGGGGCACACUUUGAACUGCGCCUGCACCUCAUCUACCUGAUCAACGACGUGCUGCACCACUGGGCCCUGACGCGCGGAAGGUCUCUCCCUCACAGCCAGCGCAAGCAGGCCCGGGAGCUGCUGGCCGCCCUGCAGAAGGUUGUAGUGCCCAUUUACUGCACCAGCUUCCUGGCUGUGGAGGAAGACAAGCAGCAGAAGAUUGCCCGGCUCCUGCAGCUCUGGGAAAAAAAUGGCUACUUUGAUGACUCCAUCAUUCAGCAGUUACAGAGCCCAGCCCUGGGACUUGGCCAGUACCAGGCCACCCUCAUCAACGAGUACUCCUCGGUGGUGCAGCCCGUGCAGCUGGCCUUCCAGCAGCAGAUUCAAACCCUCAAGACGCAGCAUGAGGAGUUCGUCAACAGCCUGGCUCAGCAGCAGCAGCAGCAGCAGCAGCAGGUUCAAAUGCCACAAAUGGAAGCCGAAGUGAAGGCUACACCACCGCCGCCAGCUCCUCCCCCGGCCCCAGCGCCUGCCCCAGCUAUCCCGCCAACCACCCAGCCUGAUGACAACAAACCUCCCAUCCAAAUGCCGGGCUCUUCAGAGUACGAUGGCACAGGAGGGGUCCAGGAUCCUGCAGCUGCCGGCCCCCGGGGCCCCGGACCUCAUGACCAGAUUCCGCCUAACAAGCCCCCUUGGUUUGAUCAGCCCCACCCUGUUGCUCCUUGGGGCCAACAGCAGCCUCCUGAGCAACCCCCCUACCCACACCACCAGGGUGGGCCACCCCACUGCCCGCCCUGGAACAACAGCCACGAGGGCAUGUGGGGUGAGCAGCGUGGGGACCCUGGUUGGAAUGGCCAGCGUGACGCGCCUUGGAACAGUCAGCCCGACCCCAACUGGAACAGCCAAUUCGAGGGUCCCUGGAACAGUCAGCAUGAGCAGCCGCCCUGGGGUGGGGGCCAGCGCGAGCCACCCUUCCGCAUGCAGCGGCCACCCCACUUCCGUGGGCCCUUCCCGCCCCACCAGCAGCACCCACAGUUCAACCAGCCACCACACCCCCACAACUUCAACCGCUUCCCACCUCGCUUCAUGCAAGAUGACUUCCCCCCACGCCAUCCCUUUGAGCGGCCACCCUAUCCUCACCGCUUCGACUACCCCCAGGGGGAUUUCCCGGCCGAGAUGGGACCCCCUCACCACCACCCUGGCCACCGCAUGCCUCAUCCUGGGAUCAAUGAGCACCCACCCUGGGCUGGGCCUCAGCACCCUGACUUUGGCCCUCCCCCCCAUGGCUUUAAUGGGCAGCCCCCCCACAUGCGAAGACAGGGCCCUCCCCAUAUCAACCAUGACGACCCCAGCCUGGUCCCCAAUGUGCCCUACUUCGAUCUCCCUGCUGGGUUGAUGGCCCCCCUCGUGAAGCUGGAAGACCACGAGUACAAGCCUCUGGACCCUAAAGACAUCCGCCUUCCGCCCCCCAUGCCACCCAGCGAGAGGCUGCUGGCGGCCGUGGAAGCCUUUUACAGCCCUCCCUCCCACGACAGGCCCAGGAACAGCGAAGGCUGGGAGCAGAAUGGCCUCUAUGAGUUCUUCCGAGCAAAAAUGCGGGCACGGCGGCGGAAAGGCCAGGAGAAGAGGAACAGCGGCCCCUCCAGGUCUCGGAGCAGAUCCAAAAGCCGAGGGCGCUCUUCUUCACGCUCCAACUCGAGGUCCUCCAAGUCGUCAGGCUCCUACUCAAGGUCCAGGUCGCGCUCCUGCUCACGCUCCUACUCCCGCUCCAGAUCCAGGAGCCACAGCAGGUCUCGCUCCUCAAGAAGCCGCUCGCGGUCCAGGUCACGCUCCAGGUCCAAGUCAUACUCCCCGGGAAGGAGGCGCCGCUCAAGAUCCAGGAGCCCCACCCCGCCUUCUUCGGCUGGUCUGGGUUCUAACUCAGCGCCUCCUAUACCUGACUCGAGGCUCGGAGAAGAGAACAAAGGCCAUCAGAUGCUGGUGAAGAUGGGCUGGAGUGGCUCUGGCGGCCUUGGUGUGAAAGAGCAGGGGAUCCAGGACCCCAUCAAAGGCGGGGACGUCCGGGAUAAGUGGGACCAGUACAAGGGCGUGGGCGUGGCCCUGGACGACCCCUACGAGAACUACCGUCGGAAUAAGAGCUACUCCUUCAUCGCCCGCAUGAAGGCCAGGGACGAGUUCUCCACGUUUGGGGCACGCAAGGAAGAGAAGGAAGACUAACACGGGCCUAGUGAGGAGAUCCAUGCCACUGGCGUGGGAAGGGCUCAGGCGCCGCCUGCACACCCCGGGAGGAGGUGCCACAGCACCACGGCCGUGAGCGCGUUUCCCUUUACAGCGAAGCAAGAAACCCAAGACCCUCCAGUCCCUGAAUGAGAAUUCUUCACACCUGACGGAGUGGAUGCUGCGCGUCUUCCCUGAGUCAGACCUAAGCCCCUUCCACAGCAGCAGUGUGGAGGGCAGGCCAGGCACCAGCAGGGGGCAGCUAGGGCAGCACCCACCCGCUGCCCUUGUAGUGGCAAGCGAAGGCCAGGUGCUGUCACUGCUCAUAGUUUAAAACAGGAAAAGCAAAACCUCCUGGAUUAGCAGAGUUCACCUGAGUUUUCAUUUUGAUUCCGAUUGAUUUAGAAAAAGUAUUGAUCUAAGACGCUCCCCAAUAAGAUCAUUUUAAACCCCUCUCCUCUGAGGUGUCCCGGCCCCUAGUUCAGUUAUUUUAGUUGUGUAUGUUGGUUUUUCUUCCUCAAAUGUUAGCCAUUUGCUAUUAUCUGGAGAAAGAAAAGGUUCUAACCAAACGACCUAAGGUGUCCUCAGGUCAGCAAUGACACCCUGGAGGCAUCUGUAGCCCCUCUGCUUGUGGUUGUCACUUAGGGGAACCCAACACCAGCACUUGCGUGCGAGGACCCAUUUAGAUUGAGUGUGGAGUGCCACCUCCCAACUGGUACUUCCUACUCUGUCAUUUCAUUUGCAUACCCCCAGCCCACCCCCAAAGGGAGGUGGGGCCAGGAGGAGUGUCACCUCUGCCAGAAGCUGCCUGGAUCCCCCACACCUGGAUCCAUCGGCAGCUUGGUGCGGUGCCAUUUAUUUGUAAAGAAGUACUUUUGAAAAAUUCUUUUCAGUAAGAUGCAGUUUCUCCCACAAUUUUUCAUGCCCACGUGGUAAAUAUCUGAUUUUGUUCUAGAUUUCCCGUAGCUGUGACUUGUUCAAAUGUGUCUGAUUCUGGAUAAAACAAACUCGUGCUGUUAACGAUUUCUUGUGGAUUUUACUGUUUUGCCUUCAAAUAAAGCCUUUUUUUAAAGA